AUGAGGCUCCGUUUUCCUCAGGCACUCAGCGUGGCGUUGGACCGCGGCAAGUCCAACGAUGUUGACACUCCAGGCUCGGCUGCUGGGGAUGGAGAUGCAGAUCUCACCACUCACAAGUUCACCGACAAGGAAGCUGCCGUUCCAGGGGAUUCUGAUAAUUCCAGCCAGGGAGAUGAUGUGAAUGAGAAGCCCAUUGACACUGAUGCUCAACGUGGUGUGCAAGCCGCCGAGGCCGUGACUGAGGUUUGGACCAAACGCGAUUUGAUCAUCGCUUAUGUCCUUAUCUGGAUCAUUGAAUUCAUGCUCGCCUUCUCCUCCGGUAUUGUCAGCACAUUGACUCCCUACGUCACGAGUUCGUUCGAAAUGCACUCCUUGACCGCCACUACCAGCAUCAUCUCGAGUUUGAUCGCCGGUAUUUUCAAGCUUCCUUUCGCCAAAAUCAUGGAUAUUUGGGGUCGGCCACAAGCGCUGAUCGUGAUGGUCGCCUCCAUCACCCUCGGUCUCAUCAUGAUGGCUGGCUGCAACAACGUCGAGACGUACUGCGCCGCCCAGGUCUUCUACAGCGUUGGAUACAAUGGGAUUGAUUUUGCCAUGACCAUCUUCAUUGCCGAUACCUCGAAACUGCGAAACCGGUCGUUCAUGAUCGCGCUGGCAUCAUCGCCCUGGCUAGCUGUGACGUGGGCGUAUGGUCCAGCAGCCAACAGCAUCCUGAAGACCAUUGGGUUCAGAUGGGGGUUUGGGAUCUGGUGCAUCAUCUUGCCAGUCAUCUGCACCCCUCUCUGCCUGCUCUUCAUGUACAACCAACGAAAGGCGGACAAGAUGGGUCUCAUUCCACCGCGUCCUAGCCGAGGAACACCGUUCCAAACCUUCAUCUACUACUGCCGCGAGUUCGACGUCAUUGGCCUUCUACUCAUCAGCGCUGGGCUGGCACUCUUCCUUCUCUCCUUCAGCAUCUACUCGUACCAGAAGGACGAGUGGCGCUCGCCCUUGAUUAUCUGCUUCAUCAUCUUCGGGGGACUGUUGAUUAUCGCCUUCGCCCUGUACGAGAAGUAUCUUGCGCCAGUGACUUUCAUCCCAUGGCCACUGCUGAAGAACCGCACCGUCAUCUUCACGUACACCAUGGCCUUCAGUCUCUACUGCGCCUGGUACAUCUGGGACAGUUACUUCUAUUCGCUGUGUAUCGUGGUGUUCAGACAGACGAUCACGCAGGCCACAUACAUCGGCAACAUCUACACGAUCGGAUCGACGUUCUGGGCCUUGGUCCUCGGUGUGGCCAUCCGCUUCAACGGACGUCUCAAGUGGUACGCUCUAUGCUUUGGGGUGCCUAUGACCAUCCUGGGCGUUGGCCUCAUGAUUCAUUUCCGCCAACCGGACAACAAGAUCUCGUAUAUCGUCAUGACACAGAUCUUCAUCGCCUUUGGCGGAGGUACCCUGGUCAUCUGCGAGCAGAUGACGGUCAUGGCCGUCUCGCGCCACCAGCACAUCCCUGCCGUGCUCGCCAUCGAGGCCAUGGUGUGCAACAUCGGCAGCUCGGUUGGGUCGACCAUCGCCGCCGCCAUGUGGACCGGUAUCUUCCCCAAGAAGCUGCAGGAGAACCUGCCGGCCAGCGCUCAAGCCAACUUCGCCAGCAUCUACGGCGACUUGACCGUCCAGUCCAGCUACCCGCCCGGCAGCCCGACCCGCAUCGCCAUCGAUAAAUCCUACGGCCAGACUCAAAAGCUGAUGCUGAUCACCGCCACCUGCCUCUACUCCAUCACCUUGGGUUCGACCAUGCUGUGGGAGGACGUCGAUGUCAAGAACAUGAAACAACGAACCAAGGGGUUGAUCUGA